AAAAAAUGUCAAGAAAAAAUAGGAGUCCUAAAGAAACUUUAAUUAAAAAAUUAACUGAUCACGAAAAAUUUCUUGAUAGGAAAAUAAAAAAAGCAAAGAAUAAGACGGAAAUUGAGGAAUACACCAAACAAAAAGGAUUUGUGAAAGAAUUAAACGCACAAGUCAAGCGUGACUUUUUCAUCAGACAAGAAGAAUUAGAAGCAAUAGAUGAGAAGUUUGAAAAAGAACGAAAGAAAUUCCAACAAACAAUUGACAGACUUGAAAGAAAAGUGAAAUCCUUAGAAAAUAAAAUUCGAAAGAAAGAUGAAACUAUCAAAGAAAUAGAAAACGAGAUUAAACUGUUCGAAGAAGUUGAACACAAAAAUGAAAUAAUUGAGUUAUAUGCAAACAGAUUCACGGUGAUAGAAACAGAGAUGAAACACGAUAAAGAAGUAAUCGAAAGACAGCAUGAACAAAUCAUAUCUCUAGAAUCAAGUAUUAAUCGUCUCAGUGUUAGUAAUAACGAAAAAGAUGAAGAAAUCGAAAGUUUAAAAACUACGAAUAUGACGCUUCAAGAAAAUAUAAAAUCUCUUGAAAUUAAGAAUUUUAUAUUAAAAAAAGAAAACGAAAAUAAGAGCAUAAUUAUCAAAGAUCAAAUGAAUCAAAACAAGGAGAAACUUUUAGAAAUCGAAAAAUUGAAAACUGAAAUGCAUCAAUCCACGAUCGACGCCGCAAGCAUUAAACGUGACAUGAAUAACUUACGUCAGGAAUACAAUAACAGUACAAUAUCUUUUAAUCGAUUAUAUCAGCAACAGAUUAAUUUAAAUGGCAGAUUGAAUAACCAGAUCAAUGAUUAUAAGAAUGUAAUUAAUAAUCAAGAACGGCGUCAUUCAACUGAAAAAUCAAAAUUAUUAGAUCAGAUUGAAAAGUUACGAGAUGAAAAUAACCGUUCAAAUGAUCAGGCUUA